AUGGAAACUGAGAAAAUGCCUGACGAGUGGAGGGAGAGCACGCUAAUACCUAUCUUUAAGAAUAAAGGAGACAUCGAGGACUGCGGAAAGUACAGAGGAAUCAAGCUGAUGGAUUUGUACGAAGGCAGCAAGGCAAAUGUAAAGUGCAUGGUAGGAACUAGGGAAAGUUUCCAGGUUAAAGUUGGACUCCAUCAGGGAUCUGCACUAAGUCCAUUCCUCUUCGCCAUCGUCAUAGACUGUCUCAUCGAAGCAGUUCAGAAGAUUGCCCCAUGGGACCUGAUGUUCGCAGAUGACGUUGCACUGAACGGGGAGACAAGUGAGGAUGUGGAAGAGAGGCUGGAGCAGUGGAGAAGUGCAUUGGAAGAUAGAGGGAUGAAGGUGAGCAGGCAUAAAACAGAGUACCUUUGUAUGGGGGAUCAAGAUCCAGAGAGAGCAGUAGAAAUGCAGGGUUUGAAGCUGAACAGAGUCCAAGAGUUUAAGUACCUUGGUUCCACAGUGCAAAGCGACGGGGCAUCAAUCAAGGAGAUUGGUAAGAGGAUACAGGCGGGAUGGAAUGCUUGGAGAAAGAUCACUGGGCUGCUAUGCGACAGACGGGUCCCUGCAAAGCUGAAGGGCCGGAUAUUCAAGACAAUGGUACGACCGGUGAUGCUGUAUGGGAUGGAGGCAGUCGCGGUAACGAAGGGACAAGAGAGGAAGAUGGAAGUAGCUGAGAUGAGGAUGCUACGAUUCUCACUGGGGAAGACCAGGCUAGACCGGGUACGAAACAGCACCAUCAGAGAGAAUGGGGUAGGCGAAUUAGAGAAGAAGCUGAGGGAGUGCAGGUAUAAGCUUGAGUUCCGAACGCAGCAUAACAAAAAAGAGCGGCGGAUAGUGGUCGAAAUUCCCGCCGACAGUGACGUCGAGGAUUUUGACGACUCACUGGCUGGCCAUUCCAGAUUUAUUGGUGGAGAUAAGAAAUUAUCGGUAAGAGAUCCAGAUAUUUGUUCUGGCUCUAUCCUACCAGAACAUACAAGAUAUCAGGCCGACAUCGUAGCUCUUGCCUUGUUUGCAAUGGGAAUGGGCGCUAGAUUCGCUCGAAACAUGAGAGCUUUCAAAAGAAUGUGUCUUUACCGAGAAACCAGUAUAAGACACUAA